AUGAACAUCAUACUACUUCUUAUCCUCCUAGCAUCAUCCUCUUCUUCAGUGUCCUGCACUGCACGCGCUCAGUCCCCUUCACCAGUAACCCCCAAUGAAGUCACCGUCAAAGCAACCCUUCUCAUGUCACUCGUCAUCUUCCUCUUCGCCCUCCUCCUCACCGCAUUCUGCUCCCUCUUCGUCCGCUACUUCUCCCGCCAGCACCCGGCGUUUCUGCGAAUCACACGCGGACUCGACCCGCGCGUGCUCGCCACGUGCCCUGUUAUGUCCUACUCCGCACUCAAACUGAAUCACCUCAAGUCGCCGCAAAACGCGGCGUUGCAGUGCACGGUGUGUCUGGCGGAUUUCGACGACGCCGACGCUCUCCGCCUGCUGCCGAAGUGUGGUCACGUGUUCCACACACACUGCAUCGACGCGUGGCUCGCAGCGCACGUGACGUGUCCCGUGUGUCGCGGCGAAGUGAGAGCAGAAACUGAGGGGAAGACACGUGUGCGGCGCGUGUUAGAGGAAGAUUCUGGAGACUUUAGGGUUUUUGUAAGGUCACAUUCUACGGGCUCUUUGGAUGGGUUUUCCAUGAAAUUUUCUGAGGAUGUCGCGAAGAAGGUUCCAGAAGAUGGUGAACGGAUGAAGCGUUCGUCCAGUUACGACGUCGUUUUGGGGAUUGGAGAAGUAAAUGUGGGUAGCACUAAAACUAACAAUAAGUGGGUUUUAACGAUGAAUCCUCCUACUGUUUCUGGAAAUUCGAUGAUUCCGAGGUUGUGGGGUGCUUCUGUUGUUAGAGAAGAGAAAGAGUUUGAAGGAGCAAUGUUUUUCCACUCUCAAGUUUGA